AUGGCCAAACCGAAGCCGGCGACGCUGGCCUCCGCCCCGCCGCCGCUUGAACCGGCAGAGCCACCGCCGCUGGGCCCAGCGCCGUCGGCCACCAGGCCUGCGACUGCUCCCAAUGGUGGUGCACCCGCUUCCGCACCAGCGCGGGCGGCGCCAGCUGCUGCAGCCGAGGUGGCCAGCCCUGAGGACAUUCGCGCUGCUAUUGUGGAGUAUCUCCGGAAGAAGCCUGGCAACAAGGAUCUCCUCACCCGACUGGGGCUGUAUCUGCGCUCCCGCAAGCUGUCGCCCGAGGGCCAGCUCAAACGCUUCAUCCAGCAGCAGUGCUUGGGGCGGGUGGUGGUGCCAGACGCCAAGGCAGGAACUGACAUGGUGCAGCUGGCAGAGGCGGCGGCCGCAGAUGCAGCUGCCGCACAGCGGGAGCGUGAACGCGAGCGGGAGCGUGCGGCCGCUGAGGCGGCGUCCACGCCGGCCAAUGCAGACGCGGCCAGGCGCCCUGCCUCUGCUGGCGAAAGCUUUGACCCGUCCUGGCUGGAGGAGCAGCUCAUGCAGCAGUGUGUGGAGCUGCAGAGGAGCGGCGUGCAGCCCACGCUGCCGCUGCUGGGCAGCUUCUGCAUCGAGAAGCUCAACUUGCAGAUGAGGGGGAGGCUGAAGCCGUUUCUAGAGCGCCGCUCGCAGCUCUGCACGCUGUCAGACGACGGGCGGCAGCAAGUGCAGCUGACGGCUGCCGGCACCACCCUGGGGGGUGGAAGAUUAGGCAGCAGCGAAGCAGCAGCCUCGGCGCCGCUGCUGGGGCAGGUGGCUGGCAGCCUUCCCGGCAGUAGCAGUGCCGCGGGAGGUGGCGGCGCCGCCUCCACCGACCAAGUGGCAGCAGCAGUGAUGCCGGGUGUGGCGGCAGCGCAGUCGGCAGCAAAGGAUUACAAAAAGUGGGACGUGCUGACGAAGGAAAUCUUCCAGUUCGUGAAAUCUAAAGGCGUGGCCACCUACAACCAGAUAGACGCCCACAUCAAGGCCAACUGUGCAAAGCUGAUUGCAGGCACCGGCAUCCCGUUGAAUCAGUGGAAGAGCCAGUUCUUCCUACACAAGCGGCGCAACAUCUUCAGGCUGCAGGGCCCCGUGGUGUCUCUGAGCAGCUACAUUCCAGACAGCACGGAAGACGGCCCCAGCGUGCCGCCGGCAACCCUUGCCGGCUCCCCAGCGGAAGAGUUCCCGCCUCUGCCUGGCGCAGCAGCAGCUCCGGUAGCUGGGACGGCUGCCGCCGGUGCGACCGCUGCCAUUGGCAGCAGCAGCGGCAGCGGUGGCAGCACCACGCCCAAGGCAGGGGCAUCGCCGGCGGACAACCCUCUGCUGGCAGCAUUUGCCGCCGAGCGGCGGAUGCUAGAGCAGCUGAGGGAUGAUGUGGAGGCCAAGCUGGCAUCCUUCAAGGCGCUGUCGGAGCUGCAGAAAGAGAACUCUGGGCUGCGCGCGGCUUGUGUGACGCUGGGGCGCGAGCUGCUGUCUUUCAAGUCUGAAUUUGCGGCCUUCCAGCAGCAGACGGUGGCAGCGCUUGCAGUGGUCAGCCCCGGCGCGGCCGCCAUGCUUCUGAAUGGCGGCGGCAUGGGAGCAGGGGAUGCCGCCAUGUCACCUGCCAUGUCACCCGUGAUGGGAGCAGGAGGGACAGAUGAAGCAGCACAAGAAAAGCAGCAGCAGCAACAGCGGCAGCAGCAGCAGGAAGAUGACAGCGGUUUUGCGGUCUCCUAUUCGUCCGGCGAUCAGGCAGCGGCGGCCGCAGCAGCCACGGGGCCCGAAGAGGCGCAGGCAGCUUCCGGGGCGGCCAUGCCACUGCCGCUGCCACUGCCGAUGCCGGCACACAUGCCCGCCUCGGCGCCGCUGGUUGGCGCUCCGGCGGAGCCGAGCAUGGCUAUGCCGAAAGGCGAGAUUGUGCUGGUGGGGGGGCACGACGGCGGCUCCUGGCUAGACUCUGUAGACUACUUCAGCCCCAGCGAGCGUGUGUGGGCCAGCCUGCCCCUGCUGGGCCAGCCACGCAGCUUUGCCGCCGCCGUCGGCACAGCCGCCGAAGUGUUUGUGGCGGGCGGCGGCAACGGCGUGGAGUGGUUUGACAGCGUCGUGCGGUACGACCGCCAGGCGGGGCUCAUGGGCGGCUGGGUGGAGCUGGCGCCGCUGCAGGUGGCGCGCGGCAGCCUGGCGGCGGGGGUGGCCAACGGCUACCUGUUUGCCUACGGCGGCGGCAAGCCCAAGGAGCAGUACAAUGUGGUGGAGUGGUACGACCCUCAGUCCAACCGCUGGCUGCCCGGCCCGCCGCUGUCGCGCAAACGCUUUGCGCUGGGCGGCGCGGCGCUAGACGGCGUCAUGUAUGCUGUGGGCGGCUACGACGGCGUGUCCUACCUCGACUGCGCAGAGCGGCUAGACCCGCGCAGCGACCGCUGGGAGGCGCUGCCUGGCUCGAUGGCCAGCAAGCGCGGCGGGCACUCGGUGGCGGCGGUGGCCGGCCGGCUGUAUGCCCUGGGCGGCUUCAACAGCGUGCAGGCCAUUCCACACUGCGAGGUGUUUGACCCGCGGAUGAACGCCUGGCGCUCGAUAGCAGACAUGGCUGAUGCCCGCGCCUAUGGCUCUUGUGCCGUGCUGGGCUCCACUGUGUUUGCGGUGGGCGGACUGCAGAGCGACAUGCAGACACACGCCAUCCUGCUUGAGUCCUACAACCCGACCAGCGACUGCUGGGAGCAUGUGGAGCUCCCUUCCAAUGCCAACCCACGCCGCAGCUUCUUGGCCGCAUGCGGGCUGGAGUAG